AUCGAACCUGCCACCAUGGUACAUGCCCUUGACUGGAAUCAAACCAGAGACCCUUCAGUCUGCGGGCCCACGUUCUAUCCACUGGGCCACACCGGCCAGGGCGGGAACACGCGUGGCUGCACGUGUCUAGGGCUCAGAGGGACUGUCAGACUCGGCGGGGAAGCAAGCCGCACUUCUUUCUUUCUAAAACUCUCUAAACGUUCUCUAGCCAUCGACCAGUACAAGCCCCAGGAUGCCACCACCAACCCGUCCCUGAUCCUGGCUGCGGCGCAGAUGCCCGCCUACCAGGAGCUGGUGGAGGAGGCCAUCGCCUACGGCAAGAAGCUGGGCGGGCCACAGGAGGAACAGGUUCAGAAUGCGAUCGAUAAGCUCUACGUGCUGUUCGGAGCAGAAAUACUGAAGAAGAUUCCAGGCCGCGUGUCCACGGAAGUAGAUGCCAGGCUCUCCUUCGACAAGGACGCCAUGGUGGCCCGAGCCCUGCGCCUCAUCGAGCUUUACAAGGACGCCGGGAUCAGCAAGGACCGGAUUCUCAUCAAGCUGUCGUCCACCUGGGAAGGAAUUCAGGCUGGAAAGGAGCUGGAGGAGCGGCACGGCGUCCACUGCAACAUGACGCUGCUCUUCUCCUUCGCCCAGGCCGUGGCCUGCGCCGAGGCGGGCGUGACGCUCAUCUCCCCCUUCGUGGGGCGCAUCCUCGACUGGCAUGUGGCCAACACCGACAAGAAGUCCUACGAGCCUCAGGAGGACCCUGGUGAGUGGCCCUUGGAGGCCCCGGGGCAGGUGCGAGGUGGGCAGGGUGGCGGGCGCAGUGGUGACCGCCGGGCGCUGGCCGGCUGCGACUUCCUCACCAUCUCGCCCAAGCUCCUGGGGGAGCUGCUCAAGGACAGCAGCAAGCUGGCGCCCACGCUGUCGGCCAAGGCGGGUGAGGCCAGCGACCUGGAGAAAAUCCACCUGGACGAGAAGGCCUUCCGCUGGCUGCACAACGAGGACCAGAUGGCCGUGGAGAAGCUCUCGGACGGCAUCCGCAAGUUCGCUGCCGACGCGGUGAAACUGGAGCGGGUGCUGGCGGACCGGAUGUUCAGCGCGGAGAAUGGGAAGUAGCCUGAGGCCGGGCCACAGAUCAGUGCGGGCUUUGGAUUUGGGUCUGAUUACACAAGUCCGGCGACGCAUCUUUCAUUUUUUACUACUUGCAGCAGGGACGGAUCAUGGGUUUCUGUUUUGUGUAAAAUUCUGCCUAAUGCAUUAAAGCAGGUGUUCUGUGCCA